UUACCUUUAAUGUAAAUAAAAACAAUACUUGCCGUAAUAUAUUGUUUCGUGUUGAAAUAAAUAUUCUAAAAAUGUUUUAUAUUAAUUAUAUUAAACGCUAAACUACAUAUUCAACUAACUGAACAUUAAUUAUGUUAAAUUUUGUUGUAAAGAAAGUUUAGAAUAAUAAAAAUGUCUACGAAAAAUCUACCUUUGGUGCUAGGAGCAAUACUUGGCGUGAUGUUAGCAAUACUACUUGGAGUUAUUUUGUUAUUUUACAAAAAACGUAAGGAAAGUCUUCAGUUUAAAAUUCCAUUAGAGCGUAUGACAAGAAGUCUUAAGAAAAUCAGCAGCAAAUCUUCAUUUUCUAGUAAUAGUUCUGAUAGUCUUCAAAAGCAAAAUCAAAAGCAAAAAAUAUCUACACCUGUUCUUCGAGACACACAAUUUUGGGUUCCUGAAGUUUACAACUCCAUUAUUCAACCUACUCCAACAUUUGUCAGAAAAACUAGUCGUUUACAAUCAACACUUGAAAGAGAGAUAUAUUCUAAAGCACAAGACACUUCAUAUUUAGGCGCCUUUGAUAAUGACGUUUUAAAUAGUGAUGGACACCUUGGCUCAAUUAGUGGUUCAAUGAUUCGUUCAAACAGCACAAAUGUUAAAAGAGAGCUUGCUAGGCGUUUAGAAAGUGGAGAAGGUCAAAGAGGAAUGCUAAAUUUUUCAUUACAGUACAAACAUGAUAAAGGUAGUUUGACCGUAUAUGUUAUUAAAGCUGAGGGAUUGCCUAUCAGAAAGACUGGUGAAUAUUGUGAUCCUUUUGUUGAACUUCAAGUUGCACCUGUAUACAAACGCAGAAUGCAUUCUGAAGUGCAUCAGAAAACUCAAAACCCGAUUUUUAAUCAAUCAUUUGAGUUUGAAAUACCACCAUAUGAGAUUCGCGAGCAGUCAAUUCUUUUUACAGUUUUAGACUUUAAUCAACGCUUAGCGCAUGAGGCCAUUGGUUCUGUUACAUUUUUGAUGAAUGCUCUAGAUCAAGAUGCUUUGUUUGCUGCAAAAGAGUUUGGACUUUGGAAAAAAAUUGACAAGGAUGUUGCAGAAACUCCUGAUAGAAUUGAUGGAAAAAUUCGUGAAUUUCCUAUGGAAAUGGAUUUAGAUAAGACAGCAAUGUUACUUUUAUUAAGUUUAAAUCGUUUAAAAACAGCUGAAAGACUUACUGUUACAGUGAAUAAAGCAAGAAAUCUUCUACUAGUUGAUAAAAAAGGGAAAUUAGAUCAUCCUUAUGUAUCUGUUACUAUGAAGCAUUUUGGAAAAAUAUUAAAAAAGUUGCGAACAAAUGUUGUUAAACAUGAAACAAACCCAGUUUACAAUAAAACUCUUGUAUUUGAUUGUCCUUCUCACCUUAUUGAACAUGUAUCACUAACAAUUAAAAUUAGACAUCAUGGAGAUAUUGGAAGAGAUCGUACUUUUGCAAUACUUACUAUUGGGCGCAAUGCUGUAGGUACUGGUGCAGAGCAAUGGACUGAAAUGUUAAAUUCAAAUGAACCUGUACAAAGGUGGCAUAGAUUGAUUCCAAUAGAGCCUGCAGAUGAUUAGUCUUAUUGCCAAAUUUAGCUUCAUAUACAUAAAAUACAAGCUAGAUAAAGUAUAGAAUAUACAAAGUAACAAGUGACACAUAUUAACUUUAUUCAGUAAUUAAUUAGUAGUGCUUAUUUAAAGCAAUUUGAUAAUUAAAGAAGGUUGGUAACUAAAGUAUGUUGGUAGUUAAAGUGUUUUUGAGUUUACAAAUAAUGAACACAAACCAGUUUUGCUAAAUACAUUUGUAUUUUAUAAUAUUUGAUUAUUUUAUGCAAACAUAUUCAAAUGAUCUUUUAAUGAGGCUUUUUAUAAAUUUUUUGCUCUAAAAACAUUCAGCAGUUUUGUAAAUUCUUGGACCAAUGUAGAAUUCAACUUGGGUAAUUUUGAUACUCAGUUUAAUAAAAGUGACAGAUUUAAAGCAAAUACUGAAAAUUUGUAAAAUAAUAGGCCAAAGAUUUAUAUGCAGCUAUCCAAACAUAUACACAUGCAUUAAUGUUUUAUACUAUUGAAAUUGUAAAUAUUGUUUUUCAAAAAGUUUUCUUGGUUAUAUUUUUAUAGAACUUUGUAUUUAUUAUUUUUCUACAGCAUAAUAAAAAUAUUUAAAAAAUAUAUAUAUUUAUGCAUUUUUAAAAACAAAUCUAUAAACUGGAUUUUAAUGUUAUACUUUUUUGCAUGAAUUCUUUUUUUUUAAUAUAAUUUUCAGAUGACUUCUGUUGCAUUGUUAAAUCAACAGUGUAAUGCGAUGUGUUGUUUUAUAUCUAGUGAUUUGUAAUAUAAAUUGUAAUAUUUUAAAUAUUUUUGUCAAAUGAAAUAAAUAUUUUGAUAACAUUA